GCUCAGACCCAUAUACUCCAUCAGGAGUCCCCCACUCUCUAAGCUGAUAUGUAGACGAAGUGAAGGAGAGUAGAUUACUGUGCUUUGUUGCCCUUGGCCGUUACCUGUUCCUCGUUGUGGACAGGGAGGCCGUUGCUUACUUGAUGUCUUCGUUUUGGGACGAUGAGUGUCCCUCUUUCAAUGGUGGCCGUUGAAGGCAUGUUUUGCUUGGGCGCUGAUGGUUGAAGUUUGUAUCUGGGCCGAUGAGGCCGUCGAGGUUGUUCCUUGCUUUGAGGACGAUGGUGUCCUUUCCUUUGGGUGGCCGAUGAGGGUGCUCGCGCACUCCUUUUGGCCGUUGCUGGUUGGCCUUCGUGUUCUUGGCCGAAGGGCCCGUCAAGAUUAAUUGUUGGCGGAGGACGAUGAGUGUCCUUGCCACUAGUGGCUUGUUGGCCGUCGCUAAUGACGUUAUGGGCCUUUGGCCGAUGAGGUUCCGUUGUGCUAUGUGGAUGAUGUGGCCAUGUCUUGUGGUUACCUUGUUUAUUCUCUUUGUUUUGUUGAGGCCGGUGUAGUCCCCCAGUCCCCCACUGCUUCGGGCCGAAGAGAGUGAGGGGUGAAGGAUUUGCUUGAGUCCCCGGCCGAAGCGGUCUCGCCGUAGUCCCCCUGAAUCCAACCCUCAUGGCGAUUUUCUGGCCAAGGUAACCCUGUGGGAGAACCCUUGUGCGCAGAUCGCUUGUAGAGAGUUAUCAUCAAGGGUUAUUACGAGGAGUCGAUGGCUUUUGGGCUCUUGGGUCCUUUGAUCUUGUGGCCGUUACGUUCCUGGCCGUUGCCGUCUCCUUAUUGUUUGGCAGUUGUGAUCUUGGCGAGCAAGUGGGACAUUGUGGGCGCUUGCUGGCAUUUGUAAAGCCGGUGAGCGUGUGUAGGCCGUAGAGUCCGUCUUGCCAGUGGACUUGAUAUGGAGUUUGGCCCGUUGGUGACGUGGUGGUCCCCCAUUGGUGGCCGUUGGUGUGGCCAUUGGGGGGGUGCCACGUGUAGUGACCGUUGGGUGGGGGUUCUAUAAAUACCCCUCCUCCUCCGACGAGAAAACGUAUUUGCAUUCUGAAUUUGUCGAAGUGCUGGCCGAUUUUCUAGAGAGAUAAACUCUCAAGCCUGUUCUUCGCGUUCUUCGUUGUUCAAGGUUAGUGUUCAUCGCGAUCUUCGUCACUUUUCAUACUUUGCUUCCUAGGUUGUUGAUCUAGUGUUAAGCGUUUGAACACCAUUAGAUCUUAAGUUAGUCUCCUUAGGCCCGUAGUAGUAGUUAUGAAGAGCUUGAACGACGACUACUACCCCUAUGACGACCAGCCCUCCACGAGGUCGCUUGACUACGAGGUGCUCGAGGAGUUUGAGGAGGAGAUAGAGCGUUUAAGUCCAUACAAAUCCGGAGAGCCAGUGGACGAGGAAGACGAGGACGAGGAGUCCGCCUCCUCUUCAAAGGGUGAGGACGUAGGUGCGUCCCGAGUGGUGGACGGGGCGUCCACUUCUGCUGUCAUUCCGUGCCCGAGGCCGGUGUCUGCUGUGAAGGGAGCAGCUAAGCCGAAGAGAGUAAGGAGGCCGAAGAGUGGGCCCGGCAUCUCCUGUCUGGAUCUCACCAACAUCUACCUGAUAAAGCCGGAGAGCAGUGCGGCCGACUAUCUCGUUGCCCAGAUGUACGUGGGGCCGUUCGGGUGGGUAAGGGCACCCAGGCCGACGGACCAUGUUCUUCUGCCACCACCGGGAUACUUUGGAGUAUACCCGAUGAGUUUUGCCAAGGGGUUGAGGUUCCCCCUUCACCCUUUCAUUACUGAGUACCUGGACAUGGUAGGGCUUCCUCCGGCCUUGCUGACGCCGAACAGCUACUCCUUGAUGGUGGGGUUCUUGCUCCGGUGUGAGGAGUUGGGCUACAAGCCGACAACGGCACUAUUCAUGAAUCUGUACCAGAUCGGCCGAGGAAGCCACAAGAACUGUGCGGCCUAUGCUACUCUUCAGCAGCUGCCGAAGAAGAGGAGCUUCACGGAUUUUCCUACGUCCAUUCAUGGGUGGAAGAGCAAGUUCGUGUUUGUGUCCAUUGGUGAGAGUGGCACCGAGUUUCCCUCCCUCGGCCAUACCGGGAGGUUUAACCUGCACGACCCGCCGAAGAGCUCUAUUCUGGACGCUCAGGUGGAGGCUUUCUUGGAAGGGGGGCCGAGGAGCGUGAAGGAUUACAUCACUGAAUACAAGAUGGCCGCCCUCGGCUUCGUGAGGUACUAUGUCUAUGGUGACAAGGAGGAUGACCUCCAACUCUGGCCGAGGAUGACCACCACCUUUGAGGAGGCCGACGGCCCGGACUUGGGCAUUCCUGCUGAGGCCGAUGAUUUUGUCAUGGACCGGCGUUCCAUGAUGGCUAUUGCCAAGGCCAAAGCGGCCGAGGAGAUUGCUGCUAAGGCGGCAGAAGCGGCCAGACGUUCCGCGGCCGGUGGGAGCGGGGCUACUGCUGAUGCGGCCCCAAAGCCUGCUCCAUCGAAGAAGAAAAGGCCGGCCACUGACGGCCAGAAAAAGUUAACUGAGGCCGGCGUGAGCGUCUCGAAGAAGACGAAGAGGGCUCCUUCCCCUUCUCCGGCUACUGAGGCCGGUACUCUGACUGUCCCCAACGUGGACGAUGGUGGCCCCGUCGUGGACCUUACUGCUGCUGACAAUGCUGCCCCAUCGCUUCCUCUCGUCCAGGAACCACGGACGAAGAGGGCCGGCAAGGAGAUUGCCGGUGCCACCUACCAGAAGGUGGUAAAAUACCCCGUCGGCGGGGGCGUGUUUAAUGAUCUCAUCCCUGGCCACGUCGUCCUGGCCCAGGCCAUGCCGGCCAAAGAUCGGGCUUACUUGAAGAAGCUCGGGGACGAGAAGAUUUACGAGGGCGGCAUGGACCUCUUCGUCCAAGUAAGUUACUGUCCUUAUGUUUUUGUCUUUCUCUU